ACACGGGGUGAAGUUCAUCGCACUUUCACACUUCCUCAAACGCCUUGCUGCUUGAGUCGCCUGCUCUUGUCAGGUCCUGCCCGCUCCUGUCUGCUCCUGUCUGCUCUUGUCUGUUCUCCGCUCCAGCACAGACCCAUGAGGGGCCCCGCUGUGUGCGUGUGAGGGGCCCUGGGACACAUGGAGGGGGCCGAGGCGAACGCGGAGCCGCUGUCUCCAAACUCCAGGAGGAGUUUCAGCUUCUCGUCUCUGCGCAUCAAAAAGAGGCACCACAGUCAGGACGAGAGCUUCUCACGGCGCAGGGGUGUGUGGUCUUACUCCUCUGUGCCAAACCGCUCUAGCUCCAGAAAAGAUGCUGCAUUUGAGGACGCCUCCCCUCCUCAGAGCCCUCUGGAGAAAAGCAGGCCUCCUUCAGGUGAGCAGCCUCGAGGAGCCCUCAUCUCGGACAUCUCAGGGAGGCACACAGGCCCCAGUGUUCCAGGAGAAGAUGCAGGCGGUCGGCAGGGGGCCCUCAAGAGGGUCAGUGCUAUGUUCUCCUCUUUGCGCAAAGGAAAAAAAGACCGAGCCAAAGAGUCAGAGCCGCUCGAGCCUCUGGGGCCCCUGGUGGAGGACCCAUCUAGACAGCAGCGCUAUGCCAGUGGACAGUACUUCUUUGAGUACCUGGUGGUGGUCAGUCUGAAGAAGGAAAAGGAGCAGGACAACUAUGACCCACAGAUCUCCUACCAGUUCCCCAAGAGAGAUGGAUUGGGCCGCUCCCAAAAAGAGGAGGAGGAGAAGAUCCUGAAGGCCAUCACGCUCUUCUGUUUUCCAGAGGGUAUUAACUGGGCUCCUCUGACUGAAUACCACAGUGAGACCUUCUCUUUCGUCUUGACGGAGAUUGAUGGCAGCAGGAGGAACGGCUACUGCAGGAGGCUGCUGCCUGGGGGUAAAGGAGCACGCCCUCCGGAGGCCUACUGCAUUAUCAGCCGUGUGGCCUGCUUCGGACUCUUCUCUAAGAUCUUUGAUGAGGUGGAGAAGCGGCGUCAGAUAUCUAUGGCGAUGAUCUACCCAUUCAUGCAGAAGCUCCGUGAGGCGCCAUUCCCUGCUCCAGGAAACACUGUGGAGAUCAAGAGCUUCAUCCCCGAGUCUGGCACUGAGAUCAUCAGGCUGACCCGGCCUCUGGACUCGUGGUUGGAGCAUGUGGACUUUGGCACUCUGUUCCAGUAUCUGAGCGACGUGGAGGUCCUGCUGGUGUUCUCUGCUGCUGUUCUGGAGAGACGCAUCAUCUUCAUGGCCGACGAGCUCAGCACUCUGUCCCAGGUGCUGCACGCUGUGGCCGCCCUGCUCUACCCCUUCACAUGGCAGCACACCUUCAUCUCCAUCGUGCCCAAGAUCCUGAUGGACGUGGUGAUGGCGCCCACUCCGUACCUGCUGGGCGUGCAGAAGAGCCUGCUGGGCCAGCUCUGCGACACUGUGGAUCUGCUGGUGGUGGACCUGUCCGAGGACAAGAAGGAGACUUUUACCUACUCAAUUGGUGAUGAAAAGACCAUUUUGCCUCCAAAGAUACAGACAGAGAUCCUGGAGUCUUUAAGAGCAAGGAGACAAGCCUCAACGGUGGAGGAGCUGAACCGGGUGGUGUCUGAGGCUUUCCUUCAGUUCUUCGUGAAGACUGUGGGCCACUACGCGUCCUUCGUUAAGUACGGCUCACCUGGAGAGCACGGUGUGUUCCAGAAGAGGGGCUUCUACAAAGCCAUCGAGUCCAAGAGCACACGCCACUUUGUCAAGAAGUUCAUCCAGACACAGAUGUUUGACCUGUUCAUCCAGGAGGUGGAGCAGCAGCACCCUGGCCCUCAGCAAGGAGUGUUCCAUAGAAAGAUCCUGGAGUACCACGAGAAGAGAAAACGGGACAAGGCCAAGCGGCACUAGGGCACACCUCACAUGGACACAAGGAGACCUACCCAAGAAUACAUACGAUUACCUGCAUGAGGGUGCCAACAGACAAGUACCUACACAGGGGUGACUACUCAAGAGUACCUACAUUAAGGAAUCAACCCAAGAGGACCUACAUAUCAGUACCUACAUUAAGGAAUCAACCCAAGAGGACCUACAUACAAGCACCCAGGAACCUCCCCAAGAGUACCUACAUGCGUGUAAAUUUAGAUUUUCUAAAAAAGAGAUCAACUAUAAAUGUGAUCAAACAAAAGCAGAGGUAGACAGGCUGCCAAGACUUUCAUGACAUUUAGCGUUGACAAGGAGAAUAGCCUAGAAGAAUGGCUCUUGGUGCAUAUGGUGAAUUGCAGGGCAUAUAAGGCUCAUUAUAGCUCGUUUUUAUUUUAAAAGAGUCAUCACCCAGAAACACAAUUACUAACAAAAUUACUUUGGGGGAGAGGUAAUGGAUAACUACAACUAAUUACUUUUUUGAGUGUUCUUGCCCAACACUGCUCAAGAGUACCUUAAUAUGAGUAUCUACAUAAGGGUACCUGUCCAAGAAUACCUACACAAAGGGAACCUUCCCAAGAAUACCUACAUGAGGGAACCUACAUACAAGUAGCUACACAAGGGUGCCUACCCAAGAAUACCUACUCAAGAUAACCUACUUAAGAGUACCCUGGAAUAGUCCACCUACAUAAGAGUACCCAGGAUUUAGAGUACCUAUUUAUGAGGACAUAGGAAUGAUUCUGUUGCACUAUUUUUAGAUAUUCUGAAUGGUUUUAACUGUAAAUGAGUGUACAGCUGCUGCUGCUGCUACUGUGAAACUCUGGGGCUGCAGUCCUUACAACAUUUCACAGACCAAAUGUAACCACUGAUCUUAGAAUAUUAGGAUGUAUGUAUAAUUGUUUUAUUUCUUUGACUGAUUUCAGACAUCUUAUUUAUUGAUCUGCUGUUUUAUGGUGAGGUGAAAUCUGCAGGCACAUUUCUUGAAACAGUAGAAUGAUAUUUUAUUGCAAACAGACUACUAAGCCUACUUACCAUGAUUCAAAUGUGAUUGUGUUGGUUUUGUGGCUGAAUGGGCAAUUUUCAGGUUUAUAUAAAGUUUUUAUUUUCAAA